CAGCAUUCGUGUGGCGAGAGAGGGAGUGUGUGGAGAUGCUCUGUGUGAAAGUUCCCGGAUGAAGGUGUAACGCCAUCUUUACUCCACCAUUCAAGUCGCAGCUGUUGCUCGCGUAGGCCUGCCGGUGAACUCACACUUCUCCUUUACUCCCAAUCUCUCGCAAAACACGCUCGCCGCGCGCUGUCCAACAUGGCUGACCGGGAGGAUUUGGUGUACCAAGCCAAACUCGCCGAGCAGGCGGAGAGAUACGAUGAAAUGGUCGACUCCAUGAAGAAUGUGGCUGGGAUGGAUGUCGAGCUAACAGUUGAAGAGAGAAACCUGCUCUCGGUGGCUUACAAGAACGUCAUUGGGGCGAGAAGAGCGUCCUGGAGGAUAAUCAGUAGUAUCGAGCAGAAAGAAGAGAAUAAAGGUGGAGAGGACAAAUUGAAAAUGAUUCGGGAAUAUAGACAAACGGUUGAGAAUGAAUUGAAAUCAAUCUGCAAUGACAUCCUUGAUGUAUUGGACAAGCACCUAAUCCCAGCUGCAAAUUCAGGAGAGUCCAAGGUCUUCUACUACAAAAUGAAGGGUGAUUACCACAGGUAUCUCGCUGAGUUUGCCACAGGAAACGACAGGAAGGAGGCUGCAGAAAACAGUUUGGUCGCUUACAAAGCUGCUAGUGAUAUUGCAAUGACAGACCUUCAGCCUACACACCCUAUUCGCUUGGGUCUGGCUCUUAACUUCUCCGUAUUCUACUAUGAAAUCCUCAACUCUCCCGACCGUGCAUGCAGGUUGGCAAAGGCGGCAUUUGACGAUGCUAUUGCUGAACUGGACACAUUGAGUGAAGAAAGCUACAAGGACUCGACACUCAUCAUGCAGUUGUUACGUGAUAACCUGACACUAUGGACUUCAGAUAUGCAGGGAGACGGUGAGGAACAGAAUAAAGAGGCGCUGCAAGAUGUGGAGGACGAAACCCAAUGAGACAACACAGCCAAUAUGAGACUCCACCCCACUCCCCCUCCCCUUCCCCAGACCCCACUCACAAAGGGAGCCCACCAAGCCCAACCUUAUGAGUGGCACUCAACAGCUUGAUGCCUCCAGUUUUCUCUCCCUUUGUUUGAUUUUUAAUAUUAUUCUGUUUUAUUAGCCCUUAAAUUGAAAUAAAAUAUACCACUCAUGAAACAAACUUCAAUUAUGAUUUUUGAAUGGUCAGAACGUAAAGAUGUCUUGGAGGUUUUUUUUUUUUUUUUUUGUCCUGGUACAUUUUUCCUUUUUUUUUUUUAUGUUCACUUGCUUUAUUUCUCAACAUUUGUAUCAGUUGCUGGAUAUAUUUUGAGUUUUUCUUAAUGUAAUUACAGAAAUUAACUUUUAUUACUAUUACUGGUAUGUCUACUAUUAGUGGUUUGAGUUGUAAUAUUUCUGUGUUAGUGCAAUUAUAAAAUGCAGUUAAAGAAAACAAUUAAACAUUUAAAAGGGCAAGUCUAAACAAAGUGCUCUUUUGGUUAAUUUAGUUUUUCAGAGAAAGUUGAAGCAAAUUUCUUGAUAUCCAUGUGGAGCAAAAUGCUUAACAUCACCAAGUAGUAGUUAUGUAGUAACAUUUACCAGUGGUCUGGACUGUAAUUUGUGCUAAAAUACUGUAUUGCUCACAUAGGCUGUUGAUGGUGGGUGGAUUGAUGGCUGCAGCUCUAUAAAACUGAAGGAGCCUUGUUGCUUUUAGAACUAAGACAAAUGCAGGUCUCCAUUUGGCUGUCUAGAAAAGAAAAGAAAGCACUAAUAAAGUUGAUUUUAAGCCUGCAUGAGUACAUGAAAUAGUCUAUUUUUCUUCUCUCCCCCCUGAAUCUACAUAAUGCAUAUAAUUUCUUCUGUACUUUGUUAACUUGAAACUAGUUUGUACUACUGGAUAUCUGACUGGAACCACAAACCUAGAAUCUGUAUUACAACGAAACAGCAUGGAAUUAACAAAUAAAACUGCCUCAAGUAAAAUAUUUAA